AACACAAGUAGUCUAGUUCUCCACCAUACUGAUUUUGCUAACUAGCACCAAACUAUGGCUUCAGCUACGUUUACAAUUUCAUGCACCGCCACCACCAACCCCAUCUUCGCCUCCAACUCCUAUCAUCUUCACAAACCUUCAAAGUUAUUACUCAACCCAAACCCGCCCAGGCACCGCCGCAGCAAACUCACAUGUGCAGCUUCCUCUUCAAAAGACCAAACCCCGUCGCCGGAAAAAAACAUUUCUCCAGACAUGACACUUGACCGGAGAAAUGUUCUCUUAGGUCUAGGCGGCCUCUACGGCGCCUACAACCUAUCCUUUUCCGGCGGCGGGGCCCUGGCAAGACCGGUCCCUCCCCCGGAGAUUAAAAAAUGCGGCAAAGCUAUCAUUAGCAACAGCAACGGCGCAUAUGUGCCCUAUUCUUGCUGCCCUCCCUCCUCCGACACCAUUGUUGACUACAAGCUCCCGGAGUUCUCCAAGUUGAACGUCAAGCCGGCGGCUCACACCGUGGACGCGGAGUACUUGGAGAAGUACAAGACAGCCGUUCAGAAAAUGAAGGAGCUCCCGCACGACGAUCCCCGGAGUUGGUACCAGCAAGCCAACGUCCACUGCGCUUACUGUAACGAGGCCUAUACACUUUCAGAUGGUGUGACGACCUAUCAGAUCCACAACUCAUGGCUAUUCUUCCCCUUCCAUAGAUGGUACCUAUACUUCCACGAGAGGAUUUUACAAUCCUUGAUCAAUGAUCCAACGUUCGCCCUGCCAUACUGGAACUGGGACAACCCAAGGGGCAUGUUUAUACCAGAAAUCUUCGACGACCCGGAUUCUUCGUUGUACGAUAAAGGUAAUCGCGACCUGAUAAACACCAAAGAUUACGUCGUGGACCUAAGUUACUCCCCAAACAGUGUGGACACGUAUGGAAAAAAGGAACUCCUAACUGUGAGGAACAAUCUUGCGAUAAUGUACCGCCAAAUGAUGGGCACAACGAGCCCAACACUUUUCUUUGGCCAUGUUCUCCGAGGGGAGGGUUACGAUGGUAAAUCUGGCGGUGGAAGCAUAGAGAGCGGUGCCCACACCGCUAUGCACCUGUGGGUUGGUAACCGCGAGAACACUUACAGAGAGGACAUGGGUAACUUCUAUUCAGCAGCUAAUGACCCUCUUUUCUAUUGCCACCAUGGGAAUGUCGACCGGAUGUGGUCCAUUUGGAAGACUUUGCCUGGCAAGCGGCGCCACGACUGCAGUGAUCCGGAUUAUCUACAAUCUGAAUUCCUGUUCUAUGAUGAAAACAAAGAUCUUGUUAAGGUCAAGGUUCAAGAUUGUCUUGAUCACAGCAAACUUGGCUACACUUAUCAGCCAAUGCCUACACCAUGGGAGAAAUGUAGACCGACCUGGAAAAAGAAGGCAGUGUUGAAAAGCACCAAAAAAUCAUUCCCCCCGGCCAGUAACAUCUUACCAACAAACUUAAAACACACUAUAACAUUUACUGUGAUGAGGCCAAAUAUAGAUAGGUCACAGCAAGAGAAGGAAGACGUGGAUGAGAUAUUGGAACUGGGCUUAAAAUAUGAUGAAACCAAGUACAUUGGGUUCGACGUGUUUCUCAACGAAGACAAUGAGUGUACGUCGUCCGAGUUGGAUCGGCCCGAGUACGUCGGGAAUUUUUCCAACUUGGCUCACACUCAUAAAAAAGGUGAUGACCCCAAAGAAGUCAAAUUCAACUUGGCGUUAACUGAGCUACUUGAAGACUUGGGGCUUGAAAGUGAGAGAUGUAUUUCAGUUACUUUGGUACCAAAGUGCGACGGUGAAUUCUUGACUAUCACUGAGGCAACACUCUCAUUACCGUCUGCUGUAUGUUGAUUUUGGGGAUCUAGAGUGAGGUACCAUGGAGUGUUUCUUGAACUCGAUCUAUGCUGUUCGAGAAAGAACAAAACAAUAAUCUGAUCUCCUUGCUUUGAAAUUUAUUUGAUGAAUAUUUGAAGAUGUUGAGCUUUGAGUUGUGAUAUUUUUACAAUAUUGCAUCUCAUUGGUUACUGUUCUAUUUGUGUCACUUAUUAAUUGUGCUCCAGUAUGAACAAUGCUGAAAAACCAAAACUAGUCAAUAUUUAAAUUGACAGACUAUGUUGUGUGGCACUAAUAAACCUGUUGUUUUUUCAUAAAUAGUCUCCCCCUCUUAUUUUUUAACUGUCUUGUUUUACUUUUUUGGUGUUCACAAAAUAUAUGG